AUGCGUCAAAAAUUUUACAACGCAUUAUCUGAUUUAUUGAAAAAUAAACGUGAAGAGGAAUAUAUGUUAAGAUUGCAAGAAGUUAAAUUAGCUAAGGAAAAAAUUGGGAAGAAAAGUGCAAAGGAUUACAGAUACAUUCUCUUUGUAUUCAUUGUGAAAAAAAAAUCAUCGAAUCCAAAGCGAGGCCUAGUUUCUAAACCCAUGCUUCAUAAUGCAUUCAAUUCACGAGCCCAAGUUGACCUUAUCGAUAUGCAAAGUCAAAUUUAUAAUGAAUUUAAAUUUAUCAUGAUCUAUCAAGACCAUUUAACAAAAUUCAUUCUACUUAGACAUUUAAAAUCAAAACGUGCUGAAGAAAUAGUAUUUAAUUUGAUCGAUAUUCAUACUACAUUUGGUGCACCUGCAAUACUCCACUCUGACAACGGAAGAGAAUUUGUAAACACUAUGAUAACUGAGCUUGAUAUGAUAUGGGGUGAUAUUAAAAUAGUUCAUGGCAAACCAAAGCACAGCCAAAGCCAAUGGUCGGUAGAACGAGCGAAUCGCGAUGUUGAAGACAUUUUGGCAACAUGGAUGGCUGAAAAUAAUUCUAGAGAUUGGCCAUCGGGAAUAAAAUUUGUUCAAUUCAGAAAAAAUCGCGCGUUUCAUUCAGGAAUUGGCAGAUCACCGUAUGAGGCGAUGUUUGGGUGUCCUGUAAGACUUGGUGUAGCGUCAGUUGGAUUUCCACUCGAUGAAACCACUAAUUUAAACCAAGAAGAAGAUAUUGGAGAAAUUGAUAAUGAUAUUAAUAUUAGACAAGAAGACGAUAUUGAAAAUAAUCUUGAUGGAGUUCAACUAACCAACAAUGAGCAUUUAAACAAGACUGAUAUAUUGAAUGAAAGACAAUUAUCUGCAAAAUGCUUGGAAAAUCGGGCCAAAAAAGAUUAA